AUGCCCCCCAUCACAAAUUCGGGCCAUGCGCCACCUAAUCCUCCAAGCGAACCACCUACUUCUAAACGUCCCUCCUUUCUUCGGGCCCCAACCUCUGACAUGGAUAUUCGUGCUCCACUGGAGAGCGCCGAGGGACGUGUGCUGGCACUCUGUUUCGAUGGUACCGCCAAUGAGUUUGAUGAUGCCAACACGAAUGUGGCCAAACUGUUCUCUUUCCUCGAGAAGAGCUCGCCUAAACAACUCGUUUAUUACCAGACGGGUAUUGGAACCUACAUUGGACCCGGAAUCACUUCACCCAUAUUCAAAUGGUUAGCAAAAAUUGCCGACCAAGGCGUCGCAUUUUACCUUGACCAACAUAUCCUUGGUGGAUAUCAUUUCCUUCAGGAGAAUUGGAGACCUGGUGAUAGAAUUUGUCUUUUCGGCUUUUCUCGUGGGGCCUAUACGGCUCGUGCUCUCGCCGGCAUGCUUUACACUGUUGGCCUACUUCCAAAGGGAAUGCCAGAACAGGUUGACUUCGCAUAUUCGAUCUAUAAAAAGGGCAUCAGAAGUACAGCCUACAAACGAGCCUUCACUCGAACCGUCACAAUCGAAUUUAUAGGAGUUUGGGACACAGUCUCCUCAGUUGGAGCAAUCAUCCCUCGAGUCCUCCCCUUCUCAUCAGAUAACCAUAUCACCAAAACUUUUCGACAUGCUGUUUCACUGGACGAACAUCGGGCAAAAUUCCGCUCCAACACAUGGCACUUGACUGUUGAUCCUGAGCAUGAAGAUGAGGAGAAUAGGCCCGAUGCUGGGAUAUUCAGGACACUUUGGAGGAAGUUCAAGAGGUUCGAAGAGGAAGUAACCAGGAGUGAUGAGGAAGAUGUGGUGAACGUCGAGAGGGAAGAGUUGGAUAGGGAGGGCGGGUUGUUUGACAGACCUCCUACUGAUGUUCGGGAAGUUUGGUUUGCUGGGUGUCAUUGCGAUGUUGGAGGAGGAAACGCUAAUGAUUCGGAACGAUACGCGCUCUCGAACGUUCCACUGCGAUGGAUGCUCAAAGAAAUAAUCGCAGCGGACACCGGAAUCAUCUUCCGUAGGGGUGAAAUGCACCGACAUCGCAUAUCAUAUAACAAACUUGUCGAAGAAGCGGCCGUUGCCUGCGCCGAAAGGAUGGAAAGGGGAUGGGGGAUGAGCCAUGGGGAUGAGGAUGCAAGCGCAGAUAGAAUGGAGCUGGAUGCCAACCCUAAUAUCCACGUCAGCUUCGCGAACACCGAUGCCGACGCUACUAGAAUUGAGAUAAAAGGCAAGAAGAGCGCAGACGGAGGUACAACCGAUGAUGAGGCUUCCGAGGUCAAUCACGACGAGGCGCCUGCAUAUCAAUUGUCAAAGCAUGAAAGGCAGAGGUACAAGGAUGCCGUCAGUCCGAUAAAGGACGAGUUGAAGAGACAGCCUCUUUGGUGGUUGUUGGAGGUGAUACCAUUUAUCAGUUCAAGUCAGGACGAGCACGGGCAUUGGAGGGAUCAUCUGCGGGUGAACUUCUUCCGCGAACGUGACAUCCCGGUGCCCCCGUCUCCCUCCAAUCCCAACUCGGUUGAUAACGAGUCUCGUCGUGGUGUGAACCUCCCUCGUCACACUCUCUUCCAUAUUUCGGUAAAAGAAAGGAUGGAAUCCGAGGAGUGCAAGUAUGCUACUUGGAAGAUGCUUUGGAGGAAGAAAACGGAGUAUUAUCGACCGAGGGCUUGGCCAAGCCAUGGGGAACCCUUGUUUGUUGAGUAG